AUGAAGCAUCUUGUGGUUAAACCUGACUCUAAGGGAGAGAGUCUCAUUGUUCGUGGAAGACAAGAACAAAAUGCUGAUAAUGAUCAUGGAAGGACACAGGAACGGAAUCCUCACGAUUAUUCACUGGCUACAAAGCAAUUAGAAGAACGAAAAAAGGAUAAGGAAAGAUUUAUUGUUGCAGUUUGUUGCAAUGGGGAUGGUUCAGAUAAAGUGCCUCUUUGGGUUAUUGGUAUAUUUGCUAAUCCUAGAUGCUUUAAACAUGUGAAUAUUGACAAUCUUAGCUGUCAUUAUCGAGCCAUCAAAAAAGAAUGGAUGACUGGAUUACUUUUUCAAGAUUUUGUUCGCUGGUUUGGUGCUAGAAUGACUGGUAGAAAGGUGUUGCUUAUAGUAGACAAUUGCCCAGCCUAUCCCAAGGAGGAUAUGCCUCUCGAACAAGAAAUUGAUGAUGUUGAAGGCAUUCAUAAAUUAAAAGAAGUAAUUUCUGAUUUACACUAUAGAAAUGCCAUGGAUGUUGAGCGGAUUUUGAAUUAUCCAAGUGAAAAUGAAUCUUUGGUGGAGUCAACUUUGGAUGAAGAAAUUAUUCAAGGAGUAAUGGAUGUGCCAGCUGAUGACGAGCAAGAUCCAGAUAAGAGUAGUGUUUUACCACAUGUUUCUCCAAAAAAGGCUUUUCUAGCUGUGGAUACCUUGAAGAAUUAUUUAAUACAACACAAGAAGAAUAUACCAGAUUAG